AUGUUCACUCUUGGAUUUACCAUACCCACGCAGGUAGCUGCGGCAUUUCCUCUUAGAAUCACUAUUCAAGGCCAGAAGUCUACUUUGAAACAAAAUAAAACUGAUGUGAAAAACAAAACCGUUGAAGAUAUAUUGCCAGGCUAUGCUAAAUCGCUUUUAGAUACUAUGCCUGUUGAAAAAGUUGAGGAAUAUUUAAUGAACCGGCCCACAUAUUAUACUGUUCAGUGUAAUGUGAAGAAACAUCAAAAUAUUGUACGUUUGUUGCAAAAAACAGUGAAUAAAAAACUUGGUCUAAAAUGUCACCACACUGUGGAUAAUACAAACAAUCAUAUUUUAAUUGUAUCAAGUACACAUAACUCAUCUGCCAAAAACUUCUUACAUCGUCCUAAACCUUAUUUCGCAGAUGUUCAAUUCAGAAGCUUUAAGACUGAACGUAUUUCUAGUAAGGAAAACGAUGAAAAAUUGAUAAAUCGUUUAAGAGAAAUGCUAUUACUUCCUAAAGGAAGUGACUUGAAAGGUACUGAUUUAUUUUCAGGCAUGGAAUCUAAUAAGUGGAAAGACCUACUGAAGAAUGAAAACAUUAACAAAGAAGAAAUAGAUAGGUUAAAAAUAUCUUUUGCGGAAGGAUAUCUUGUGGCCAAAGACCAAAAAGGAAAUACUACCAAAACUCAAAAAUGGUGGAAAAUUGUUCAGUCUUCGCUUAUAAUUGGAUUGUUAAUUAGUUCAUUGAUUUCUAUAUUUGUGAUCGUUACAGGAACUAUGUUCAAGAUACAACUCACAAAUCAGGUUGAAGUGAAUUCUGAAGAAAUUACAGUGACUUUUAAUGAUGUUAAAGGAGUUGAUGAAGCUAAACAAGAGUUGAGAGAUAUUGUGGAGUUUCUUAAACAUCCAUCUAAAUUUUCGUCUUUAGGUGGAAAGUUACCAAAAGGUGUAUUACUUGUUGGACCUCCGGGAACUGGAAAAACGUUAUUAGCUCGAGCUGUUGCCGGAGAAGCUGGAGUGCCCUUUUUCCAUGCAGCUGGUUCUGAAUUUGAUGAAAUUUUAGUUGGACAAGGCGCUAGACGAAUUCGCGAUCUUUUUAAAGCGGCAAAAGAAAAAUCGCCUUGUGUUAUAUUUAUUGAUGAAAUUGAUUCUGUUGGUGCAAAAAGAACAAAUUCUGUUUUACAUCCAUAUGCAAAUCAAACAAUAAAUCAGUUACUUACUGAAAUGGAUGGGUUUCAUCAAAAUCAAAACAUUAUCGUACUUGGAGCUACUAAUAGACGUGAGGAUUUGGAUCGAGCAUUGCUUCGUCCAGGCCGUUUUGACAUUGAAGUUGAUGUUCCUCUUCCAGACUAUGCAGGACGAAAACAAAUUUUAGACUUGUAUCUAAAGAAAAUACUUAGCAAGGACAUUGAUGUAGAUUUGUUGGCUAGAGGAACUAGUGGUUUUACGGGUGCCGAUAUUGAAAAUAUGGUUAACCAAGCAGCUGUAAAAGCUGCAAGUGAUGGAGCUACAACUGUGUCUAUGAAAUAUUUGGAAAUUUCUAGGGAUAAGAUAUUAAUGGGCCCGGAAAAAAAAUCAAAGAUUCCUGAUGAGGAAGCAAAUACAAUAACGGCGUACCAUGAAGGUGGACAUGCAAUUGUUGCAUAUUUCACUAAAUAUUCUCAUCCACUUCAUAAGGUUACAAUAAUGCCAAGAGGAUCCUCAUUAGGCCAUACUGCAUAUAUACCAGCAAAAGAAGAAUACCACAUUACAAAAGCUAGAAUGUUAGCUUUAAUGGAUACAAUGAUGGGUGGUCGUGCUGCUGAAGAAUUAAUAUUUGGUCCAGAAAAAGUUACAACUGGCGCUUCAAAUGAUUUAAAACAAGCUACUAAUAUUGCAACUAGAAUGGUGAAAGAACUUGGAAUGUCUGAAAAAGUUGGACUUCGUACUCAUGAGUCUCAGUCAAAUGAAAUAAUGAGUUUUAAUGAUCUAAGUCCGGCUACAAAUGAACUCAUUGAUAAUGAAAUCAAAAGGAUUAUGCAGGAAUCUUAUGAACGUGCAAAAAGUAUAUUAAAUGUUCACCAUAAAGAACAUAAGCUUUUGGCUGAAGCAUUACUUAAGUAUGAAACAUUAGACGCAGAUGACGUUAAGGCACUUUUAAGUAAGAAGGCAUAA